AUGGCGGACCAGGAAGAAGACUACAGCUCUUUACCCCUAAGCGAUCGAUUCCAGCACAAGAUAUGGAAAGUUCGAAAGGCCGCAUACGAGGAGGCUGCUAAACAAUUUGAGAUUACCCCAGACGAGCAAGACCCUGCAUUUAGACCCUUCUUAAAUGACCCGGGCCUCUGGAAAGGCGCAGUAGCAGAUUCGAAUGUUGCUGCACAACAAGAUGGUGUUGCCGCGCUAUGCGCUUUCCUAAAAUUCGGAGGUCGCGAUGCCUGUACAAGGACACGAGGUCACACAAUAGGACCAAUGGUGGAGAAAGGUCUCGCCUCCACAAGAGCUGCUACCAAAGCAUCAUCUCUCGAAGCUAUCCUAUUAUACAUUGAAUUAGAUACCCCUGCUCCCGUCAUCGAAGAUCUCCUCCCUGCUCUUUCUAACAAACAGCCAAAAGUUGUUGCAGCGACGCUAGCUGCACUGACAGCAAUAUAUCACAACUAUGGCUGCAAAACUGUUGAUCCGAAACCAGUCCUCAAGAUCCUUCCAAAGGUAUUCGGACAUGCAGAUAAAAAUGUGCGAGCGGAGGCUACAAAUCUAGCAGUUGAGUUUUAUAGAUGGUUGAGAGAGGCGAUGAAACCCAUGUUCUGGAACGACCUCAAGCCUACACAGCAGACGGAGAUGGAAGCCCAGUUUGAGAAGAUCAAGGCAGAACCAGCGCCGAAGCAGGAGCGGCUUUUACGAUCCCAACAAGCUGCCAUGGCACGAGCACCACCUCCUGGAUCAGCAGGUGCUGAAGAUGAGGAAGAAGCAGAGGCUGAAAGUGCUGAGAUUGAUGCGUUUGAUUUGGCGGAGCCCCAAGAUGUAUUAUCCAAGGUUGCCUCGGACUUCCACGAGCAGUUGGCUUCUUCAAAGUGGAAAGAACGGAAGGAUGCACUUGAGGCACUCUAUGGGGUUCUCAAUGUGCCGAGGAUCAAGGAUGGCGAUUUUGGUGAGAUUACUAGGGGAUUAGCCAAAUGUAUGAAGGACGCGAACAUUGCAGUUGUCACCCAAGCAGCACAAUGUAUAGAGGUUCUGGCUAAGGGGUUGCGAAAAUCGUUCGGAAAGUACCGCUCGAACGUCAUGAGUCCUAUCAUGGAGAGGCUGAAGGAGAAGAAGGCCUCAGUAGCCGACGCUCUUGGUGCGGCUCUGGACCAGGUCUUCCUUGCUACCAGCUUGUCGGAGUGCUUGGAGGAAAUACUUGAGUACUUGAAGCACAAGAAUCCUCAAGUUAAAGAAGGCACCAUGAAGUUCUUAAUUCGAUGCUUGAAGACGACUCGGGAGGCCCCAUCGAAGCCUGAAGUAACCUCAAUUGCGGAGGCCGCUAAGAAGCUGCUUUCUGAAUCAAGCGAAGGCUUAAGAUCAGGAGGUGCAGAAGUUUUGGGUACAGUCAUGAAGAUUAUGGGUGAGCGCGCUAUGGGACCACAUCUCGAAGGAUUGGACGACAUUAGAAAGGCCAAGAUCAAGGAGCAUUUCGACACUGCUGAAGUCAAAGCGAAGGAUAAGCCCAAACCUCCACCGGCCGCUGCACCACCUAAAGCUGCACCAGCAGCAGCCCCACGGAAGGUCGUAGCAAAGAAGCCGGCAACAAAGAAACCAGCUCCAGCACCAAGUGUAUAUGCCCAAGAAGCGCAAGCGCCCCUAGCACCUCAACCGACCGCGAGAAGCCUUGCGGGCUCCAAACUUGGCGCACCGAAGGCUUCAGGACUUGCGACUCCAGGUGGUGGUUUGAAAGCCCCCUUGAAGAGGGCGUUACCUGGACCAGGCGGAGCAGCACCUACUGCAUCACCACGACGCCCGGCCGCUCAAGCUGCCCCCGUUGAAGACGAUGCGCCACCUCCACCCCGUCUUGGUCUUGGUGGACGAGGUUUGGCUGGUCGGUCUCUUGCCAAAGCCCCUGCUGUGAAUGCCCCGCCACCAGCCUCUUCCAUAUCACCACCUCCAAACUCUGGCUUGACCGCUGUUGAGCGUGCUGAACUCGAAGAGCUUCGACUUGAUAAGGAUCGCCUUCUUCGGCAAUGCGAUGAUCUGCGCCAAGAGCGUUCACGUCUCAACUCAGAGGUCCAGGAACUCAAGAACCAGAACGCGCAACUGAUCGAAGAUCAUACCCGUGAUGUUCUAUCCAUCAAGGCCAAAGAGACGCAACUCGUGCGCGCGAGAUCGGAUUGUGAAGCAGCAGAAGCCAUGUGCGGACAAUUACGGAGAGAAAUGGAGAGGCUAAAACGGGCUCUCACUAGGGAAGAACGCGUCAACAGCACCCCCAUGAUAGCGAGCCCAAGCCGGGACGUUUUCAGCGAUGAAGCCGGCAUCUACCGCGACACCGGCCUGUACGGCGCACCUCAAGACAAUGCUCGAACGGGGUACAGCAGUCGAUCUCGAUUGUCCUUUACCUCUGCUCUCAGCGAGGAGAAGGAGAACACGGGUGAUGUGUUGGCAAGUCAAUAUGGACGACACAAACUGAGUCCCGACGGCACCAGAAACGGUCGCACGAGCGCAGCCAGUGGAAGUGGUGGACGGGGAAGCCCUGCGCCAACGAGUUAUAGUAGUCGGGCAGAUAGCAUGAAUGGCCAACGUGAGGGCAACGGCAUCUCGAAUGGACAGCCGGUAGAGUCUUGGAAGAGAGCAGCAGAGGUAACUAAUGCAUUGAAGGCAAAGAUUGAACAGAUGAAGGCACGACAAGGCAUCAACCGAAAUUAA